UCUACAGUUUGAGGACAUGGACAUUCUGGUGACUCGGAUAUACGUUGGUUACACUGGGCAGUGAACAGUGGCAUCACCUACUGACCUGCAGCUCCAGCAGCGCUACUAAAACUGUAAUGAUGUGCCUUUUAUAGUAAUGACUCUGUUUCCUUCCCACAUCACCUCCAUGUCCACAGAGGUCAGCUCUGAGUUCAUCUACAUCCAGUCAUUAGUCCACCAUGGCACAGAGGGGAAGUCCCUGCUUCUGGCAGUGGAGACUCGUUUCACAUUGGACAAAGCAGAUAUUCAGGGGACGUGGUCUCACACCAGGCCCAGUGGCACCAGGACCACACUGGUGACGUUCACCAAGAACGCCACAAUCCGUAACAUGAUGUACCGCGAGCGUCUCCUGUUAAAGGUCCCCAGUUUUUCUCUGCUGAUCCAUAAACUACAGCGGGACGAUGAAGGGGAUUAUCAUCUGAGUCUCAACAUAGAGUUCCACAACAGGACGGGACUGGUUAUGAAGGAGGAGAGGAUGGUGCAGGUGACAGUGGACGUCCCUGUUUCCAGUCCAGUCAUUAUGAAGUCCCCCACCCAUGCAGUCAUUGAAGACAAAGCCAAUGUUACUUGGACCUGCUCUGUGGAGAGAGGGACCAGAGUUGUGUUUCAGUGGCUGAGGGACAAUGUUCCGUUGGGCGUCAGCGACAGAUAUCACUUCUCGAAGGACAACUCCACAUUGUUGAUUAGCCCCGCGAAGAAGGAGGACAGGGGGACGUAUCACUGUGUGGCUAGUAAUGCAGUCAGCCAGGGUCGACACAGCAGGAGCCUGGGACUCAGUGUCUACUAUGGCCCCUACAAUCUGGAGGUGAACACAGCUCAGGGCCUGAGGACCGGCGAGGUGUUCACCAUCAACCCCGGAGAGCUGGUCUUCUUCGACUGCCGCGCGGACUCGUACCCACCCAACAGCUACGUCUGGAUCUCCAAGAGUCACAAUUCCACUCAGAUCAUCACCUUCGGCCCUCGCCUGGAGGUGGUGUUCUACCAGUUGGCCCAGGCUGAAGAGUACCUGUGCCGGGCCUUUAACAACAUGACACAGAAACAGGACGAGGCCCAGUUCACUCUGGUGGUGGCCAGCUUAGAUAAAGAGAAACAAAUGCAGCAGAGUGGCUUCGUCUCACCACUGGCAGUCAUCACUGUGUGUUCACUGUUCAUCAUUGGCUGUAUGCUGCUGUUUCUCCUCAGGGGUUCCUGCCAUCCCAAAAGAGUUCUGAUGAGCAUCUACAACAGACCAAUAACAGAGGAGAAAAAACCACAUCGAUCAGGUCACGAAGACGCCACAGAAGACUUUGGCAUCUACGAGUUUGUCUCCAUACCUGGGAAAAUGGAGUCCACACAGGUGUCCUGCAGAUCUCUGUCCCGCCUGGAGUCAGCUCAGGAUUUACACACCACCAUUUACGAUGUGAUCCGACAUGUCCCAGAGGCCCCCAGUCACAGCUUUUUGUAGUGAUAUUCAGUGAGUGCUGAGGUGUCAAGGCUCAGUCACUCCACUGACAGACUCUGUGUAGCUUCGUUUUCUUUAAGUCUCUGUUGUAAAAGUCUGGAACGUUUUUUGUGACCUACCUGUAUUGCCACAAGCGAUGAAAGAAAGGAGGGUGAGUACGCUAUCUGACUGUGCACUGCUGCUGUCCAUAGGUCAGGACAGCUGUUAAAUAACUUUUACAUUACAUUGUGAGAUGACAAUGUGCGAAUGAAUGGUUUGUUUUUAAGAGUGAGGUUAACUCACAUUGAUAUUUAAAAAAGAAAUUAUUAAAAAAUGAUCCGAUUUAGAAAUGCAGUAGCUACCCUGACUUUGAUCGAUGCUACGGUCACAUUCAGAGUACCUAAGCUCAGACACUUUAAAUUAAUUUAUUGUUUAAAUUUUAAGUAAGGUUCAAUUUGCUUAUUUAUUACCUGUCUAAAUGAUCGAUUCAUUCUAUGAGAAGUAUUAGGAUGAAUAGAUUCUCCUCGUAUUAAGAAUAUAUUUAGAUUGAAUGUACUGUAUAUAUUGUACAUGAUUGACACUUCAGAUUCUCUAUACAGGACGUGCUGUUCUAUAUAUCUGUGUUCUUUUUGCUGUAAUGUAUUUAUUCCUUCACAAACUCAGUGUCACCAAAUGUAGCAUUUCACCUGCUUAACUUGGAUACGAUGAAGUAUGAGUAAUAACGACUAAAUUAUUGUACAGUUUGCAUUGACUUGCCUGUCUUUUUGUACUUUAAUAAAGACAAAAAUGUUUACUAUUA